CCGGCAGGCUAGCGAGCGCCGGCGGGCAGAGCCGCGCUGAGGGGCGGCCGGCGGGGUCCGGCUGGCUGGCGGAGGCCUGGCCGCAGGUUGAUACAGAGCCCUGUUUGAGUUUCCUGGGCCACACAGCAAAUUCCUGUUGGCUGUCUAUUUUACAUACGGUAAUGCAACUUUAAGAAAAAUGGCCCUGUCAGCCCAACAGAUAUCCAGAUGGCUCAACUCAAGUAAGUUGAGUAGCUUCAUGGCUGCUCUGCAACUCAGAAAACGUUUUCAGAGACCGGGAACAACAUUGUCGUGUGGCGUUUUUGCUCAGCCCCAUGGGUCCUCUGAGGGUUGUUUUCUCCAGUGGGGUUUUAGGACUUACAGGACUUCCUCCCUGUGGAAUAGUUCCCAGUCUGCCGACUCAAGUAGGCAAGAGAUUAACUGUGCCCAAAGCACUUUGCUUCCUUCCGUGAAUGAGCCGUCACAGAGGACACCAAAGAUACCCGGCCUUGAUUCUGAGCUGUCUCUAGAAGGACUGGACGAUGUGCCUCCGUUGUCCCCACUGCAGCCAAUUUCUCACGAGGAGGCUGUUCAGAUUAUCGCAGGCCCUCCAUUGCCCCCAUCUUCAGUCACGCUUCGAGACUAUGUGGAUCAUUCCGAGACUCUGAGGAAGUUAGUGCUUCUAGGAGUGGAUUUAUCCAAGAUAGAAAAACAUCCCGAUGCAGCCAACCUCCUCCUGCGACUGGAUUUUGAAAGAGACAUUAAGCAAAUGCUCCUGUUUCUUAAAGAUUUGGGCAUAGAGGAUACCCAACUGGGACCACUCCUGACCAAAAACUAUGCUAUUUUUUCUGAAGACCUUGAAAAUCUGAAGACCAGGGUGGCUUAUCUACAGUCCAAAAAUUUCAGUAAGGCAGAUAUUGCACAGAUGGUCAGAAAUGCACCAUUUCUUCUGAGUUUUUCAGUGGAGAGAUUGGAUAACAGACUGGGAUUUUUUCAGAAAGAACUUGAACUUAGUGUGAAGAAGACUCGAGAUCUGGUAGUUCGUCUCCCAAGGCUACUAACUGGAAGUCUGGAGCCUGUGAAGGAAAAUAUGAAGGUUUUUCGGCUCGAACUAGGUUUUCAGCAGAAUGAAAUUCAACACAUGAUCACCAAAAUCCCAAAGAUGCUGACUGCAAACAAAAGGAAACUCACCGAGACUUUCGACUACGUGCACAACGUGAUGUGCGUGCCCCACCACAUCAUCGUCAGGUUCCCGCAGGUAUUUAAUACAAGGUUGUUUAAAGUCAAAGAAAGACAUCUGUUUCUUGCCUAUUUAGGAAGAGCACAGUAUGACCCAACAAAACCUAACUACAUCUCUUUAGACAAAUUGGUAUCUGUGCCUGAUGGAAUAUUUUGUGAAGGGAUGGCCAAGGCAUCACUACAGGACUUCGAAAAAUUCUUAAAAACUCUUUAGUUUUUGAUGAAUGGUAGAAUGUAAUGAUGUAAAGUGAAUAUGUAUAUAUGAAUAAAUUAACAUAUUUUUAAAUAAA